CGAUCAUUUCCUGAUCUAUUAACAAAGGAUGCAGAUCAUGGGGUGCAAGGGUUUCUUGAGUUUUAUUUGCCUUACCGGGUAUUUAUGCUCCAGGGCUUUCUGCGAUGGCCCUUACCAACCGAACUGGAAGAGUCUUGACAGCAGGCCUUUACCCAGCUGGUACGAUGAGAGCAAGUUUGGGAUUUUCAUCCACUGGGGAGUGUUUUCCGUGCCCAGCUUCGGCAGCGAGUGGUUCUGGUGGCACUGGAAGGGAAGCAAGGAUCCUAGCUAUGUGGCGUUUAUGGAAAAGAACUACCCACCGGGGUUCGAAUACACCGACUUCGCUCCAGAAUUCACCGCCACCUUCUUCAACCCGGAUCAAUGGGCGGAACUGUUCGAGGAAUCCGGAGCCAGGUAUGUGGUGCUGACAUCAAAACACCAUGAAGGGUUCACAAACUGGGGAUCACCAGUGUCCUGGAACUGGAACUCCAUUGACACAGGACCACAUCGAGAUCUAGUGGGUGAUCUGGCAGCUGCUGUUCGUAGACGGAAGUUAUAUUAUGGAGUGUACCAUUCUCUCCUUGAGUGGUUUAACCCUCUCUUCUUGUAUGACAAGCUAAACAAAUUCAAGACCCAGAAAUUUGUUGUGGAAAAAACUUUACCAGAACUGUACGAACUGGUCAUGAGAUAUAAACCUGAUAUAAUCUGGUCAGAUGGGGACUGGGAGGGACCAGAUACGUACUGGAAUUCCACUGGAUUUCUCGCCUGGCUUUACAAUGAUAGUCCUGUCAAGGAUACUGUGGUAACUAAUGACCGCUGGGGAGUUGGCUGCGCUUGUAAACACGGUGGCUUCUACGACUGCAAAGACAAAUACAGUCCCGGUGAACUAGAGAACCACAAAUGGGAGAUGUGCACCUCAAUCGACAAAAGGUCAUGGGGAUAUCGCAGAAAUAUGAUGAUGAGCGACGUGAUGGAUCUGCCAUCCCUUCUCACUAAUUUACUGGAUACUAUCGCUUAUGGUGGCAACUUCCUGCUCAACAUCGGUCCAACGAAAGACGGCACCAUCGCUCCUAUUUUUGAGGAAAGGUUGCGUGGCCUGGGACAGUGGCUGCGUGUUAAUGGUGAAGCAAUAUAUGCAUCAACACCAUGGAGAGUUCAGAAAGAGAACUCUACAAAUAUAUGGUACACCAGUAAAGGAUCCUCAGUUUAUGGAAUAUUUACAAAGUGGCCCAUUGACAACAUCCUACAACUGGAAUCACCAAAGACCUUUCCAAACACCACUGUGACAAUGUUGGGAAUCCCAAAACCUCUGAAAUGGACGACUUCUCCCACCAAAGGCCUUCUCAUCUCCCUGUCCCCUCUUUCUCCAUUUACUGCUCCCUCAAAAAAUGGCUGGACAGUGAAAAUGGAAGGUGUUUCAUAAUCGGCAAAAGAUUUAGUUCUACCGCGAAUGACAAAGGAAUGUAUUUUAUGAUUAUGAAAGUUAUUGAAAAACAUGAUUAAACUAUUAAUUUUUGCAUGAAAAUUAUACAUUGAAUGAUACAUGAUAAAAUGGAGAUUACAUAAUUUUGUAAAUCAAAGUACAUUACCUGACAACUCAGUACAAUGUAAGGUGAAAAAAAAACUAUCUAAAGUACAAAUCUUUGACCAUAAACCCCAUAUGUUGAGGUUGAAUGAGCUAUGGUGUGAUUUUUAUACUUUUAUAAUUUUGUAUUGCUUCACAUGACUUGGGGAUUUUUUUUUUAAAGUGCUACCUGGGAAAGAUCCAUGAUCGAACUUGAGUUUUAAACAGUUUUAUAAAGGUUGCUUUGGAUCAAAAAAAUCCACGUUGUUAAUGCUGUUAAACAAUGCCAGAAAUCAAAGUAAAACCAGUAGUUAUUACUGGUUAUUUACAAUUUUAUUGAAAAUAAACUUGAUGUACAAACUUCUACAAUAAUCGGAUCAAAUCUUUUUUUACUGAACAGAAGAUUAUUAAAAACGUAUGUGAUUUUAUAGGAUUUAAAAAUUAAUCCUUCAAUUGCUGCUUUCCAAAAUUACAUUCGGGCAGUGCAGAGAAUCAUACUUGCAAUAUGCCCAUUGUGUUUCAGGGUAUAUGUUGUUUCCAAGAACACUGAUGGCACUCAUAGAGGGUCGUUUUCUCUGCCAACCACUUUAAUAUUACAGAUUUGCUUUGGAAAUAAGGAAGAUGUGUAACUCUUGCAAUACAUUUCUUUUUAAUGGGGCUUUCUACAUCAUUUGCUGAUUUGUGUAAAUACUGCAGUUUGACUUUAUUUGAUGUGGUCACAGUAAAUAAACAGUUAUCCUGUAAACAUAUAAUUUGUUAUUUGCUGCUAUAUUCGUCUUGUUCAGAAACUCUGUUAAUGUGAUCCUUAAUAAAGAGUAAGCAAUAA